UCUCAGUUGAGUUGAACGCGGCAUCAGUUAGAGAUGGCGUCCCUUUUGCAGCCUGACAGGGUUCUCUACCUCGUUCAUGGAGAGAAAAAGAUCCGAUCGCCGUUGUCGACACUUUAUUUUUGUCGGUAUUGCAGUGAAUUGCGUUCCCUAGAAUGUGUGUCUCACGAGGUGGACUCACAUUACUGUCCGAGCUGCCUGGAGAAUAUGCCUUCAGCAGAGGCAAAGCUGAAGAAGAACAGGUGUGCCAACUGCUUCGACUGCCCGUGCUGCAUGCACACCCUGUCCACCCGGGCAACCAACAUCCCAGCCCCUCUUCCCGACGACCCCAGCAAGACGACCAUGAAGAAGGCCUACUACCUGGCCUGUGGCUUCUGUCGCUGGACAUCCAGAGAUGUGGGCAUGGCUGACAAGUCUGUGGCCAGUGGAGGGUGGCAGGAGCCGGACAACCCUCAUACUCAACGGAUCAAUAAACUGAUAGAGUAUUACCAGCAGCUGGCCCAGAGGGAGAAACUGGAGAGGGACAGGAAGAAGCUGGCCAGGAGACGACCUUAUAUGCCACUGGCCUUCUCGCAACACACUAUUCAUGUGGUGGAGAAGUAUGGUCUGGGUACCAGACUACAGAGACAGAGACCUGGAGCUCCUAUCACCAGUCUGGCUGGUCUUUCUCUGAAGGAAGGUGAAGACCAGAAGGAGAUUAAUAUAGAACCAGCUCAGGCUUUAGAUGAAGUGGAGCCACUGCCUGAAGACUGCUACACCAGACCCAUCAACCUACCUGAGGUGACAUCCUUGCGUCAGCGGCUGCUCCAGCCUGACUUCCAGCCAGCCGGAGCCUCUCAGCUCCACCCCAAACACAAACACCUGUUGAUCAAGCGCUCUCUGCGAUGCAGGAAAUGUGAGCACAAUCUGAGCAAGCCAGAAUUCAACCCAACCUCAAUAAAGUUCAAAAUCCAGCUGGUGGCUGUGAGUUACAUCCCUGAGAUCAGAAUAAUGUCCAUUCCAAACCUGCGCUUCCAGAAGGAGUGCCAGGUGCUGCUCACCCUGACCAACCCCGUGGAGAAUAUUACCCACGUCACCCUGGUGGGCUGUGAGGAAGGAGACCCAGAGGACAUCAAUAGCACUGCUAAGGUGAUGGUUCCUACCAAGGAGUUGGUCCUGGCAGGGAAGGAUGCUGCAGCAGAUUACGACGAGUUGGCCGAGCCACAAGACUUCCAGGACGACCCAGAUGUGGUGGCCUUCAGGAAAUCCAAUAAGAUCGGUUUCUUCAUCAAGGUGGUCCCUCAGCGUGAGGAGGACGGGGAUGUCACGGUGUCCUUUAAGAUCCGCCACGACUUCCGCAACUUGGCGGCUCCCAUAAGGCCGAGCGAGGAGGGCGACGCCCCCACCGAGGCCAUCUGGCUCACACACCACGUAGAGCUCAGCCUGGGGCCGAUCAUAGCGUGAAGAGCUUACACACACACACACACACACACACACCAAAUACAUAUAUUUUACACACACACACACACACACAUUGUACAUGCAUUGGAUCACAUAUAUCUCUCUCUCUCUCACACACUCACACACUUCUCUGUACCCCCAAGCAGUUCCAGAGACCCUUUCCUGCUUCACGCUUCAAUUUAAGCAUUAUCUUCAUCAUCCUCUAAGGAUGAAGAGUAUUUACCUGCAUGCUAUGCCAGGCUACGUCUACCUACUAAUAAAUGUCUCUUAGAUGAUGUCAUUACUGUUUCUCCUCUCUGGGUUGAAGGUAGGGUGAGACUGUCAUUACUGUUUCUCCUCUCUGGGUUGAAGGUAGGGUGAGACUGUCAUUACUGUAUCUCCUCUCUGGGUUGAAGGUAGGGUGAGACUGUCAUUACUGUAUCUCCUCUCUGGGUUGAAGGUAGGGUGAGACUGUCAUUACUGUUUCUCCUCUCUUGGUUGAAGGUAGGGUGAGACUGUCGUUACUGUAUCUCCUCUCUGGGUUGAAGGUAGGGUGAGACUGUCAUUACUGUUUCUCCUCUCUGGGUUGAAGGUAGGAUGAGACUGUCAUUACUGUAUCUCCUCUCUGGGUUGAAGGUAGGGUGAGACUAAGGAGUUGGGAGUUAUUUUUGCUGUUGUCUUCAGUACUAAAGUCCAGUCAGUUGUUCUAUUACCAGUAUUGAAGUAGUGAGACCUGUAAACGUGUCAGUUUGUCUGAGGCACUCUGCAGCGGUAAGAUAUUAGAUAUUACUUUAACACUAUCGGUCAAUCAUACAUUUGAAUUACAUGUGAAGUUUAUAUUGAUUGGAGAGUUUCUACUGAAGAUGUGACCAACAGGUAGGGGCUGGUAGCAACCUUUCACUGGCGCUGUUUUGACUUGUCUGGAAGGAAUCCCCCCCCCCCCCCCCCCCCUAAUUUGUUAGACAGAGCCUUAUAUCACGGUUAACCUGUACUGGCUAAUAAAAUGAAUGUUUUAAAAA